GAAUCCGAUUUCGGCAUUGCAUACACGUGUAAAUGCACGAUCUAUGAGGAUGUGGCUGUAGAUGUGAGUUUGAGUUCGAUGUAAUGUCCAACAACAGCAAGAAGCGCCGCCAUGUUCCGCCACCAGCACCCGACACCGUUUUCCGCAUCUUGUGUCCGGCCGCGAUGACGGCGGACGUAGCGGCUCUCGCCGGCGACGGAGCCAAGAUUCUGGUGGAGGACUUCUCCGGCGCGGAGGAGCGCGUCGUUGUCAUCGUGGCGGCAGCGGGCGCCGCUGCUACAUUCGAGGAGUCUCCGGCGCAGGUUGCGCUGAUUAGGGUUUUGGAGAAAAUGGUGGAUGAGGAAACUAAGAGUUGCAGCAAUUCGUCGGUGUCGUGUAAAUUGCUGGCCCCAACGUAUCAGGUUGGAUGCGUGCUCGGGCGAGGAGGAAAAAUCGUCGAGAAAAUCAGGCAAGAGAGUGGGGCCCACAUUAGGGUUUUGCCCAAAGAUCAACCUCCUCUUCCUCCUCCUGGAGACGAAUUCAUUCAGAUAACAGGAAACUUUACUGCAGUAAAGAAAGCGCUGCUAUCUGUGUCAAGUUGUCUUCAGGAUAAUGUGAUCAAUUCUGGUGCUUUUAAACCUUGUGGAGCAGCACCUGCUCAAGGGGAUGCUUAUCCUCAACGAGGUUACGCUCCGUCUGGUCCAUAUGCUCCUCCUGAUCAUCAUUCCAGGGGUUAUUCUUUUCCGGGUCCUGAAAGUGGUGGACCUGCUCAUAGGAUGUUUAUGGAAGAGGAUGUUGUCUUCAAGCUGUUGUGUCACCAUGAUAAAGUUGGUAGUCUUAUUGGCAAAGGUGGUUCUGUGGUGCGGGCUCUGCAGAACGAAACUGGUGCUUCUAUCCAAAUUGUUGAGGCUGGACCGGAUUCAGACGAGCGGGUGGUUGUCAUAUCUGCACGAGAGAAUUCAGAGCAAAAGCAUUCUCCUGCACAGGAAGCUGUCAUCCGUGUUCAUUGUCGACUUACUGAGAUUGGAUUUGAACCAAGUGCUGCAGUAGUUGCUAAGCUUCUUGUGCGUUCACCACAGGUGGGCUGCCUCUUGGGCAAGGGAGGUCUUGUUAUAUCUGAAAUGCGAAGGGCCACAGGAGCUAGCAUUCGCAUUUUUUCAAAGGAGCAAAUUAAAUACAUUUCCCAAAAUGAAGAAGUUGUACAGGUUAUUGGGAGCUUACAGUCUGUACAAGAUGCGUUGUUUCACAUAACCGGAAGAAUUCGGGAAACCAUUUUCCCUGUAAGGACCCCUCCUCCAAAUUUUAGUGCACCACCACCACAUCUACCGCCGUUUCCAGAAAUGCCACCUCCUUUAUUUAGGCCAAGAAAUCACUUGAUGUCCUCUGGCCACCCUCCUCCAGUUGGGCUCCCUCACGGAAUUGACCAUUCAACUGUUCCCCCGAUGCCUGUUGAUCAUCAGCAGCAUGCAUUUGUACAUGGUAUGGGACGUGGUCCACCAAACAUGGAUCGAGUUCCCUAUCCUCGUGGUUAUGAAGGACCAAAUUCUCCAAGAUCAUGGAAUCCUCUGGCUGUUAACAGAGGAAAUCCAGGAGUAACAGCUGAUACUUCUAGUUUGGCCUCAAGAAAUGAGAAUCCUGGAAAGAAUGGAAACCCAUUACAGAAUCCGAAUAACUUAACAAUUGAGAUCACCAUCCCUCAUAUGUACUUAAUCCACGUGUACGGGGAGAACAAUAGCAACCUAACUCAGAUUCGACAGACGUCUGGUGCAAACGUGGCGGUUCACGAUCCAAAACCUGGAGCCACUGAGGGUCUGGUGAUUGUAUCUGGAGCACCAGAUCAAACUCACGCUGCCCAAUGCCUAAUCCAAGCUUUCAUUUUCUGUGGGCAAACCGUUGCUUGAGAUUACAGAAACAAGAGGCAAUCUAAAAACGGUUUUAGAGCGUAUACACAGCAAAUCUUGUAAUACAUAUUCCAUUGUUAUGGAUUAAGGAUUUUUAUAUCAAGGUUGUCGCAACAUUUUGUGAAUUGCAUGUUAAAUUAGUGUACUUUUAUUUGUUCUUUCCA